AUGCACUAACUGGGGAAAUCUGGAAAGUCAAAGAGUUUUAAAGACUAUUCAAUUCUAAAAAAAGUUUAAUCACUAUCGCGACACGAUGAUACGGAUACAGAUAAAACUAGUUUAUUGAAAUAGAAAAGUUUUGAUUUAACUACUAGAAGAAAUAGUUCAAUUUUAGCGUAGGCUUUGGUUUAUGAAUCGAGUUAAAUCCAUAGAAUCACAUAUAUUCAAGAUCCCAAUCAAUACAUAGGAAUGAAUUUACUCUAAUAGAAGAUUUGGGAGAGGAUAUAGAAAUGUUCAUAAAAAUAUAUUGAUGACUAAAGCAAUUUAUCAAUUAUCGUGUUGAAGCCAGAUCAAGAAUAUGAGUUUGUGUUCAACAUAUCUAAAAUGUCCUGUUUUUCAAAAAUUAAACAAUUAACUAAGAGUUUAUCAAGUCAUUUCUAUGGACUCACUAAGAUUUAAUUGUAAGACCCUUAUUUAUCAAUGCUAAUAGGAAAAAUCAAAACAUAGAAAUUAGACAACGAUAUGAGAUUAUUUGAGUUGUUAAAUAUCAUUAUGAAUGGCAAGAAGCUAUUGGUCUUGUAAUGUAAUAUGUAUAGUGAAAUUUGA